AUGAGUGACGUGGUAAUCUCCAGAGCUGUCCUGAAUCGGCUGAGGGCUCCCGACGAGCUGGCCUUAGCCCAGCGCAUCUUCAAGAGCGCUGCUGCUACUGCGGAGUCCCUGGAAACAGCAACAAAAUUUGCUUUUGACUAUAGAGCACAGUCGGCUUGUCUGGAUGUGGCUCCUGCUAGACAAGCCUUUCUUGAAGCUGUAUCACUUUCUGCACCAGGUGCCAAAUAUGCCAUAGCCAGCAAGGAAGCAGAGGGUUCCCCACCUAUUUACCUAAAUAAAAAAGCAGCUCUCGCCGCCAGUGCCCUGCGAGAAGUGCGGUCGGAUUUCAAACGGUGCAAUGCAUUGUACGCCGAUGGCCAGCUCUUACCAGUGUCUGUCUUCAUGGCUGCCCUGCAGCUGCCCCCAUACGAACGGAUUCAACGCCAUUUCUUUUAUUUUACACCAUUGCUCAUAAAACUUCGAGAUGAACUGGUUAAAGAGUAUCUUAGGAUCAAGCGCGCUAUCAUUCUUCAGCCCCGCGCCGCCGGAAGUUGUAAUGCCUUCAUACAAAAUAGCGUCCCAGAUUCAGGGCGGGGGACCGCAGAGCAGAGGAAACACUGGGUAGCUAAACUCUGCCAGAAGAGCUGCCUUGUAGUCCGAUGGGAGGCCUUUGAACGUCGGUGGCUUCAGGAGAAGGAGCAUCACGCCGUAGUGGCGUUACAGUCUCUGGUGUCAACUGUUGCCGCCGCCGAGGCUAUACUUAAGAGCUGCAAGAAGCAAUUGAUACUAGCCGAACCAUCAGCAUCUAAGCAGCGUUUCUGCACCUUCAGGGCCCUUAAGGCCUUCUGCAGUAGUAUUAUGGCCUUGGCUAAUAACUUGUUCCCUCUCGAAUCUAGCUGUCUCUUUCUCGAGGCCAGCAUACUCGUCUUGGCGGCAGCCAUAGUUGACGCUGCACGAGACCCAGCAGGCACUCAAUCCCACGAAUCGCCGCCUCAGAGAAACAGGGUAGGGUCAAAAUUUCGAACGGUGGGCGCAGAGGGCGUAGGGAAGCAAGGAGAGAGCCAGCAGAGGACAAGAAAGAAUGAUGCUCCCUAUGGCAUUGGCGUGUGGUCUGCUUUGCAUUUGGCAGCUCUUACAGAGGUGGCUAACCUAGAAGAAGAAGACAUUGUGGUGUACAGAGCAAGGCAAACUACCGUGAAUGCUGCCCACCAUGUGCUCGUGUGCUUCUUUGAGUUGCUUUGGCAGGUCUGGGACUCGCGAGUUUGCCUCACUCAAGUGGACCCUGAACUCACCACCAGCUGCCCAUCUUUAGUCACAGCCCUAAGAAACUUUUCCAGAGCCUAUGCUACAUUUAGGCCACCUGCGUGCUGCCAGAACUGUGAGGUGCUGGCUACCUGCCUUACAGACAAUUGCCUCGGAGGAGACUGUGAAAAAAUUGUGUGGAAGGGCUAA